AUGAAGUUCUCUGUAGCAGUUCUAUUGACUCUAGUUGCGCUUGGGUCUGCUAGGCAUAUUAGCCUUGAAGAUGUCAUCGAAUUUGAGAGCCAUUCAGCGUAUGGCUACAUUGAAAAGAUUGGUAAACCACUCGCUGAUAAAGUUCGGAUAGAGGAAGACGCUGCUCUGAAUGAUCCAUCUCGAAUUAUUGGAGGUUCCCAUGCGGCACUUGGACAGUUCCCUUACCAGGUUGGGCUUCUGACGGAAUAUCCACGUGGAGUUUCUGUAGCCAGUGCAGUACUUAUCUCUGCAAGAAGAGUGCUUACUGCUGCCCACAACAUAAAUGACGCUGUGCUUUCAGUGACGAGAAUCAAUGUUGUCUUGGGCUCUAUAACAUUAUUCACUGGAGGUACUCGACUGGUCAGCACAAGCUUUGUUUUGCAUGAUAACUGGACACCUCCAGUCAGAAACGACAUCGCUAUCAUCAAUUUGCCACAAGCCGUUCCCUUUACUUCCAUUCUCUCUCCCAUCGCUUUGCCUUCUGGUGCUCUCCUCAAUGAAAACUUUGUUGGUGAAAUAGCCAUAGCAUCAGGAUAUGGCUUGACCUCACAAUUUGGAGGAAUACCCGCUAACCAACAGUUAAGCUUUGUCCUUCUACCUGUGAUCUCCAACAAUGAAUGUAUUCAAUCCUUUGGAUCAACCAUUUUAUCGUCCAAUAUAUGCACGAGUGGCGCUGGUAAUAGAGGCAUUUGCACUGGUGACUCUGGAGGCCCACUUGCUAUUGUAAGAAACAACAGACUAGUUUUGAUUGGUAUUACAUCAUUUAGCUCGACCCGUGGUUGCGAAGCUGGUCAACCGUCUGGUUUUGCCAGAGUCACAUCUUUCAUGAGCUGGAUCAACAGACACCUCUGA